AGCUCAAAUCAUCAACAUAUUACACAAAGUCAAUCUCCAAUGAAACAGGAAUCCCAAACAACAAUCCAUGGAAAAAGAAACUGCAUGUCACAGACUACAGAUUUCAGAAUCAAACACAAGAAUCCAAAAAAAUUCAGAACAAGUUCAAGAAGAUCAAAAGGAAGAAGAAGAACAAGAAGAAGAAGAAGAAGAAGAAAUCUCACUCAAUCUUGUUGGAAUCAUUGCAAUGGCGGAAUCAAUUCUAUUCAAUGUUGCAGCCUCCCUUGUUACCAAAUUGGGCUCUCCUGCUAUCACUGAGUUUCAAUUGUUUUGGAGUUUUCAUGAUGAUCUUGACAAACUCAAGCAAACUAUUUUAGCUAUGGAAGCUGUGCUUCAUGAUGCAGAGAAGCAACAGUCCAAUAGUCAUGCAGUGAAGAAUUGGAUUUCAAGGGUCAAAGAGGCUUUCUACGAUGUCGAUGACUUGAUUGACGAGUAUACUUAUGAAACCUUGAGGCUGCAAGUUAUGGCCGAUGGCAAAAGAUGGACCAAAGAGGUACGUAAAGUUUUCUCUUUACCUCGUCAGAUUGAAUUCCGAUUUCAAAUGAGUCACAAAAUUAAAGACAUUAGAGAGAAACUGAAAGCUAUUGACGAUGAUAAAAAUCAAUUUCAUUUAUCUGAGUGUAUGAUAAAUACUCGAGAUGAUGAGUUGAGGAAGCGUCGAGAAACUUCGUCUUUUAUAUGUGAUGAUGAUGUAGUGGGUAGAGAUGGCGACAAGAAAGCAAUUAUAGACUAUCUCCUAAAUACAUAUCCUAAUGUCAAGGAGAAUGUUGCAGUGAUUGCUAUUGUUGGAAUGGGAGGAUUAGGAAAGACUGCACUUGCUCAAUCUGUCUACAAUAAUGAAGGCAUAAGGAAACAUUUUGAGUUGACACUAUGGGUAUGUAUUUCUGACGAUUUUGAUGUAAAAGUUAUUGUUGAAAAGAUUCUAGAGUCUGCAACAAAACAUAAAUCGGAGAUCCUUCAAAUGGAUUUGUUGCAAAGUGAACUACGAAAGAAUAUUGAUGGGAAAAAGUACUUGCUCAUCAUGGAUGAUGUGUGGAAUGAAGAUUAUGAGAAAUGGGUUACUCUCAAAAGAUUAUUGAUGGGUGGUGCAUCAGGCAGUAGAAUUUUGAUCACAACACGACAUCGGCGAGUUGCAGAGACUUUUGACACAACUUCAUAUUAUGCUUUAGGAGAGUUAGAUGACAAAAAUGCUUGGCUAUUGUUUAAAAAAAUGGCUUUUGGAGGAGAGGAACCGAAAAAAGAACUAGUCGACAUUGGGAAGGAGAUUGUGGUGAAGUUAAAAGGCCUUCCUCUUGCAAUAAGAACAAUAGGACGUCUUUUAUACGCCAAAAAACCAGAACAUCAUCUUUGGUCAACUUUUAAGGAAAAUGAGCUUUCUCGAGUUUUGGAGCAAAGAGAAGAGACACAAUUCAUGCUAUCAAUACUGGAGCUCAGUUAUAACCAUCUACCCUCCAAUUUGAAGCAAUGUUUUUUGUAUUGUGCUUUGUUUCCCAAAGAUUAUGAUAUUCAAAAGGAUGAAGUGAUACGGCAAUGGAUGGCGCACGGUUUUGUUCAAUCAACUGGCACAAUCAAGCCAAAUGAUAUUGGUGAAGAUUAUUUCAUGGAAUUAUUAUCAAGGUCAUUCUUUCAAGACGUCACAAGAAAUGAAAUGGGUAUCAUAAUAUAUUGUAAAAUGCAUGAUUUGAUACAUGAUCUUGCUUGUUCAAUAGUAGAAGAUGAAUACGUUUCCAUGGAUGUGAAAGAUAAGCUUGUCACUGAAAGAACAAGACACAUCUUAAUUUUGAAAGAAUUUGGUAUAAAAUUGGAAUCCUUGAAAUUAUUGUUUAAAGCAAAAAAUUUGAAGACAUUAAUUAUUGAUGCGGUAAAUGAGGAUUGCCAAAAAGUUGUGAACCUAAUCUCUACUCAGUUUUUGUGCUUGAGGACAUUGAAGGUGGAGUUCUGCUAUACUAAUACUUCAAAAGUAUUGCCAAGUUCUAUUGGUAAGUUGAAACAUUUAAGAUAUCUGAGGAUAUGUCAAAGGAAACUUGAGUUCCUUCCGAAUUCUAUAACUAAGUUGUAUAAUUUGGAAAUACUUAUCCUUGAUUGGUGUGAGUGUUUACAAGAGUUACCGAGAGAUGCAAAAAAUUGGAUGAAGCUGAGGUAUCUAAGCCUUGAUAGAAAUGUGAAUAUAAAAUUCCUUCCGGAUUCUAUUGCUGCUUUGCACAAUUUGGAAACACUUAUCCUUGAUGGGUGUCAGUGUUUACAAGAGUUGCCGAGAGAUGCAAAAAAUUGGAAGAAGCUGAGGUAUCUAAGCCUUGUUGGAAAUAAGAAUAUAAAAUUCCUUCCAGAUUCUAUUGGUGCAUUGCACAAUUUGGAAACACUUAUCCUUGAUGGGUGUCAGUGUUUACAAGAGUUGCCGAGAGAAGCAAAAAAUUGGAUGAAGCUGAGAUAUCUAAGCCUUGUUAGAAAUGAGAACAUAAAAUUCCUUCCGGAUUUUAUUGCUGCAUUGCACAAUUUGGAAACACUUAUCCUUCAAGAUUGUUCUGAAUUAAGAGAAUUGCCGAAAGAUAUUAAAAAAUGUGUCAACCUUAAGCAUCUUAAUUUAAGUGGUUGCACUAAUUUGACUCAUAUGCCUAAAGGACUAGGUGAGCUUACAAGUCUUCAAACAAUGAAUUUGUUUGUACUAAAGAAAGAUAUUGGUUGUGAUUUAAGCGAGUUGAAUAGACUUGACAAGUUGGAGGGCUCAUUAACUAUUGAAGGAUUGGAAGUUUGUACGUUUGAUGUUUUGGAAAAGAGCUUGCCACUAAAGUUGGGUGUUCAAGAAUUAGAGUUAGUUUGGAACUAUUCCGAAGAUCAGGAUAUGAACAUUGUCUUGGACAAUGAGUGCAAAGGGGGUUUUAAAUGGUUACAACCGCAUUCAAAUCUUCGAACGAUAGAUAUAUGUGGAUAUCCAGAAGUCAGACUAUGUGAUUGGCUAUCCUCUAAUACCUUUGUUCACUUGGUCAGCAUAAGGCUUUCAUAUUGCUUCAAAUUGCAAGCUCUUCCACAAUUUGAUCAAUUUCCUUUUCUCAAGUAUUUGACUCUUCAAUCAUUACCCAACAUUGAGUACAUUGACAACAAUGAAUAUCCUUCUUCAUCGAUGUUUUUUCCAUCUCUCGAGGAAUUAAGCAUAGUAGAAAUGCUUAAUUUAAAAGGAUGGUGGAAGGGUGAAACUUCAUUGGAAUCUUCUCCAAACAAUGCAUCAUUUCCUAUAGCAAUGUCUCGUCUUUGUAAACUUGAGAUAGAUGCUUGUCCUCAUUUAGCUUCAUUUCCUUGGCAUGCACUUUUGAAGUCACUCAGUUUGCAUGCAAUUAGUUCACAACUACUUAAUGUUGUAUUUGAAAGGACUGCCAAUCAUUGUGUUGAAGAGUGUUUUUCUACUUUUGUUUCCUUUGAUAAGAUUGAUGACCUUGAGUUUUUGCCAGAAGGGUUCUUCUAUCAUUUCACAAAUCUUGAGGAUCUUGAAAUAAAAGAUUGCAAAAACUUACAAAUGUCUUCUGCUCUUGUUCAACAUCCUAUUAAUUCUCUUGUUCAACAUCCUAUUAAUGAUGUAUUGUGGAAAGAGUUUCGAAGUCUUCGCCUUUUAUAUCUUGAAGCAAUUCCGAAGUUGGAGUAUUUGCCUAAUGGGAUGCAACAUGUGACAACUCUUGAACGCAUUAGCAUAAUCUCAUGUCCAAAUUUAAUAACUCUACCAGAAUGGAUAGGCGACUUCACAUCACUCUUAGACUUAAUGAUUAUGGAGUGUCCAAAACUCACUUCAUUGCCGGAAAGGAUUCACCACCUCCCCUCUUUGCAAGAUUUGCAUAUUAGGGAUUGCCCCAAAUUGAAGGAGAGGUACGAGAGAGAAAAAGGAGAAGAUUGGCCAAAAAUUUCUCAUAUUCCCUAUGUAAGCAUUAGAUAACUUUGAAGAGAAGAAAAACUUAUUCAGUCUUCAA